UUUUAUUUAUCAAACUCUUUCUUCGCCAAUCACCAAAAAUGAAAAUGGAUUCGAAAGUAAUCCUUUUUACACCCUUUCGCGGUGGUAAAAUUAAUCACGAUGCCUCUUUUGCGUUAAUUUCGGCCUAAUAUUCGAUCCUUUGCGCUUUGUUCGAUUAUGGAUAAUCUGAGUCCUACUAAUUUCAGCCGGUUAAUGGAUAAUCGAUCACUGCAAAGGAAUCGUUCUAGUGAAGAAAUGGACCCCGAAGAAUCUUUGAAUUCGGAAGAAGAAACGGCGUUUGAAAAAUGGAACCCGGACGUCGAAACGGUAAAUAUAAAUUGGAAAGGAUGGAAACGCUCAGAGCAUCCAAAGUUACGUCGUGGAUUCCGUUGCAUCGAGUUCAAAAGAAGCGGAAGUGUUCUUAGAUUAAGCGAACUAGCUGCUAGAUGUGUAGCUAUGCAUAUACCAUUUGAAAUGGUGGAAAAAUUCCAACCUCCAGUUCCUGAAGAGUUGCAACAAAGGAUUACUUUUUGGAGUUUCCCCGAGUGGGAUGAUGAUAUUUGUUUGUAUACUUGUUUAGCUAAUUCUAACGAUGACGAGUUCCUUCGAGGAGAGAUAUUAUUCGAGAAUGAGAAUGUCUUCGAUGUCAUUCAAAUUGGUUUUCAUUUGAAUGCUACAGUACGAAUAAGUACUGGUGAUAAGUUCAGUGUAUCGAUUAGCUUCGAUCGUCGUCGCAUCACAUCUUGUAUUUGUACCUGUAAAGCAGUUCCUCUAUGGUGUUGUCAUAUUGUAGCUGUUUGUUUACUACGUAUUUACAAUCCAGAAAAGGUACAAUUGCGACCUCCAAUUAGUGAAAGUUUAACGCAACUGAAUCGCGAUCAGCUGCAAAAGUUUUCUCAGUAUUUAGUCAGUAGUUUACCCGAGCAAUAUUUACAAACUGCCCAACGUUUAUUGGACGAUCUGAACUCUGGCCAACCACUGCCAAUUAAUACCGUGAGCGGAGCUCCAGAUACGACAGCUGGUGCUUCUGUUUUCGAGCAUGCUAUGUGGUGCUUGGAUGACCAUCAGCUGCACUUGAAUGUUAAAAAACAAAUUAAUAGAUUUGGCAAUGUUCCUCCGAUGGUAUUCAGUGAUGUAAAUAUGUUAACAAAUAACAUUCCUGCGAUCAUAAACGAGUAUAAUAGUAUGUUACGUCCUAUGAAAAUUGGAGAACCGGAUUCGAUAUGGAAUUUAUUAUCGAUCGUUCGAGAUAUGUUUUGUAAAAAUGACCGGAAUGCGCUUCCGUUACUGGAAAUCAUCACAGAUGAGAUGGCCAAUUGCGUUCAAGUGGUUUUGUGGUGGUUUGCUAACAAAUCAGGAUUGAACGGGGAUUGCGGUUAUCAAAUAAAAUAUUAUUACAACGGUAACAGUAAUUCGUAUAUUUAUCAAGCUUCUGCGGCUCGUUUAUGCGAUGAAAUCGUAUCUCUUUGGAGACUGGCAGCUUUGAAUCCUGCGAUAUCUCCUAAGGAACGUGCUUCAUUGUGUUGGAAAUUCAAAGACUGGCAUUUCAAGAUAAUCGAUUUGAUUUGGAAUAACUGGAAGCAUACACCGUCGGCUUUCGACUUGCAUAAUUUUCCUGGAUUCAAACCUUGUGUGGAAGCUUGCAAAUUAACAUGGGUUAAUUUCCCUCUGCCAGGUAUCACUUAUCGUAUCGGAUGUGGUACCAAGAAAGGCAAUCUGUGGAUGUACGAAUCGCACCCAUUCACUUUUGGUAUAGAUAUCAAAUACUUGAAGUAUAUCAAAUAUCCUACGGAAUCGUUACUUAAUGCUCUGCAAUCUUGUUUCAUUCAUGUUGAACGGAUUCGCAAUGUCGUCUCUAAAAUCAUCAGCAAAUCUCCAGUUCCUAGUGACUUACCUGAUGGCAGAACCAUCAAGUAUUUAAAAGAACAUUUCUCUUCUACGAGAGACGAAGUUCAUCAUUUUGUAACUCAUUUAAUUACCAUGGCUGAUACUUGGGUCAAUGACGAGACAGACGACGGAGAAAGUUACUCGAAUAUGAAUUCAUUAGACCAAUCGGCAUCGUCGAACUCGGAAAAACAUCUUUACUCUUUAAAAUAUGGCGGCGAAAUACCAAGUUCAGCAAACUCUUCCAAUAUAUCUCCUCACACGAAGGAGAAAAUUACCCACGAACGUAAUGUGAACUAUUAUAUACGUCGUAAAAUGGCAAACAGUUCGAUCUGUGCAGCGAACCUGAUUGAUGACAGCAAUCAGAACUACGAUACCUUCAACAUUGACGACUGUUUACCCAGUGCACAGCUCGAAUGGGAAGUUUACGAUACUUUGAUGGAAGAAUACAGCUUGGAAUACGGUUCCAGUCACAAUCAAAGAAAUAUUCCGGCAUUUUUCGACACCAGACAUCUUCCAGCACAUACUAUCGGACCUCAUAAUGCGAUUUUCGAGUCGUUUUCCGAGAUGGAUAAUGUUAUGCAGAGUUUAAUCGCCAGAGCUGAAGGAUUGUGGGCUUUUGGGCAUGUCAAGGAAGCGUGCUAUAUUGCUCGGCUUAUUGCCGAAGAUAUCAUAAGUGAUCCGCCAGAUCAGAAGGUUAUGUGUAGCGGAGCUUUUGUCAAACCAAAACGUAGACGAGGUCAAGCGGUCAUCAAUCCUGUAGCUCAUAGGCUCACUUUUAUGGCUGUUGAAAAAAUGGAAUUGUAUAGAUUUUUAUUGAAUUUACUAUCGAGUUGUCCGGAGCAUUACGAUAUCGCCUUCAGAAUCGGAUUACUCGGAUUAGAACUACCUCGAGCUCCUGCUUCCAUUAAACCCUUAGAGGUGAAACUGUUUCAUUUGGAGAACGAUAUCGCUGAUAUCCUUAGAAAAAUCCCACUAACGGAAGAACAAUUCAAAAUAUUACGAGUUCGAUUGGAGAAAUUAAAAGCUGGAACGUAUAAAGCUCGCGGUCAUAAACUGCUGCCGAAUGCGCUGACUAGUUAUAUUUUGGAUGUUACUAUGAUCAAUGGACCCGAUGGCAAAAGCAAAAGUUUAUCGAAAGAGAUCAGCGAAUCGUUAUGUUUUGAAGCUGCUCUUGUGUCGUUGAGUUUGAAACCUGACGUUUGCGAGUAUGAACAUUCGUUGCUGAUCGAAGGAUUGAGACGACAGAGAUGUGAUUUAGCUUUAAGAAUGCUAGAUUUGUACAAAGACGAGCCGAAGAAAGUAUUCAAAAUUAUGGACGUAAUCAUUGAUCAAGAAAUCGAUCCAAACAUGAAGAAACCAUUACACUUGUGGUAUUAUCAGGAUAAAAUCAAACAAGAGGAACAUCUGAAAGUGAUCACUGAAAAACAAACUCGCAAACGCAAGCCAUCUAAAGUUCACGUCCUUCAAGAUGUCCGGCCAUAUCACAAACAACCCCAUUUUGCAGUAGCUUCUUCAGCCGCUCAACCCGCCAAACCUUCAGCAUCAGCUCACCGUCGUACCAGCGGUGUCCUCCCACCUCCUCAAGUUGCUCUAGUUCCUGGUGUGCCUCCAGCUGUGACCGGUCCACCAAACCAGAUGAAUGUUCAUCCAUUCGGUGGUAUUAUGCCAGGUGGGCAUAACGUCAGAACAAUGCCAUCUCCUUCAACUUUACCUUUCGGCGGUAUGCCAGUUAGGCCAAUUAGGCCGGCUCCAACUGAAAUGCCUAUGGGUCCCGGAUCGAAUGUGCCCCCUUUACGAAUGCCCCAAAUGAUGCAACCUACUGGCAUUCCUCCGCCGUAUGGUGUGAUGCAGCCCCAAUCUCAGCACUCUAUCAACGGUAUGUUUCCUGCACCGGUGCAGGUACCUGGAGGACCUCCACUUCCUCCUCAAGGAUCGUACGUUGUUAAAGGAAGCGGAGGUAGACUUGUGCAACAUAAUAUGAAAAAUAGCAGCUCCAGACCAGCGUUGAUCACUUCGAAGUCUAAUAAGAAUAAAUGCGGAAAAACUGGCUGCAAACGACCGGUCAGCAUUGUGUAUAGGAAUCGUUCAACCGAAGCAUUAGCUCAUUCUGUGACCGAACUCGCAAAAAGCGUAUUGUUCCGCAGUGGUGGUCAUCUCGCCUCUUCUGUGUUUGUUCGAGAAUCCGAAAGUGGCAACGUAAAAACACCCAAUCACGUGCUGCACAUGUGCGCUCUGCAGUUAGCCAUGUACGGAUUGGGUAUCUCUAAUAACGCUUCGUCUUCGUGGGAAUCCCGAUCCUACUCUCCGCACGUUGCCAUGCUCACGAGUUUAGCAAUAGAUAUCGGAGCUCCGGCCAUAAUGUUUAUCAUAGAGAACUGGCCCGGUCAUUUGACACCCUCCGAAGCUAACAGCUUAGCUGAUCGAGGAUCCAGAUCAGAUAAUCCUGUGGUGGUGAACUUGGCUGCAAAAUUAGCUCUCAGUUGUUUAUCUCACGCUGAUAAAUUGAACUCGCACGAAAUAAUUCAAGCUAUUAAUCAGUGCCAGACUUUGGGACCCGAAAUGCAAGAAAAAGCUUGUUGCGAGGUCGAACAUGUCGCCAAGACGCACAGUCUUCAAGCAGACGUGCUAUUUUACAUAUCAAAAUUAUGGUAUAACGUUUAUGUCAAGGAUGAACCGGAAGAGCUGGAAGAUAACGAUAACGCCAAAGCAGCUGCUGCAAAUCCGUCCAAAUGUCCUUUACCCUCGGUAUCCUAUUUAACAGUGAACUGUUCAAUUUCGGCUCUAUCUGGCCAGUCGAAAUCCCCCGCUAAUUUAAUGAAAAGAACGCAUUAUUUAUUGACAUCGUAUCGUUUAUCGAUGAUGGCUUUCCAAAACCUGGUGAACGAAAUUAACGAAGAGAAAGCCCACUAUAGAUUCCACUGCCUACCAAAUUAUACCGCUGAUAUCAAUAGAACGAUGCAAAUAGCUAAAUUAUUAGGUGAUAAAUGGGUACACCAUUUUUGUAUAGUAGUUGAAAAUACUCUAGUCAAUCCAUUUUUAUUGUACGAAGUGGCCUGCGGUGCGGCUGUCUACUUCGCUCGUUGUAAUCCUUCCAUGUUACAUUACUAUAUUUGUACGGUAGCUGGAAACCUGAUUAGUAAAUGUGAAACAAUGUUUUUCCAGUAUUUGCAUAAUAAAUUAUAUAAUAUGGCGCAGUACGAAGAAGACGAAUUUAUCAAUAUGGCCCAGUUGGCUCACAAAGCGUUUUCCGUAUCCGCGGAUGGACCUUACAGAUUCCAAGAAUGGUUGCAGUCUUUGAGAAGCGCUAAUGUUCCUAUUAGAGAUCUAUACGCAAAAAUAACCACAGCUAUCGAACAAGAAGAAAGUACCAAUAAAACCAGUACCCACGAAAACGACGUAGUCAGCAAAGAAAACAUCGUACUGAGCAAUAGCAACGAUAUCAAUAACGAUAACGACGACGAUGACGAUGACGACGAAGACGACGACGACGACGAUGAUGAAGAUGACGACGAAGACGAUAUAGACGACGAUGUCGAUAACGAAGACGAAGACGACGACGAUAACGAAGACGGUAACAUGAAUCAUAAUGAUAUCGAUACCAGCAGCAGUAACAUCAAUAACGAUGACGAAGGAGGCGAAUACAGCGAUAAUUUCGUCAUGUGAGGAAGAUGAUGCUUUAGGAUUGUGUGAAGUACUCGAGUUAGUCUCGUCUCUUGUCAGCAUCACAUUUUCGGUAGCUGUGGCAGGUUAGUCGGAUCUGUUCCUGCUGUCUUCGGAGUAUUUAUUUUGUAUUAAUUUUAGUAUUUAUUUAUGGAGCAAGCUCCUGUUUUCGGUUGUAAGCUCGAUCCAAAUUACGAUUUCCACUUUUAGUUGAUUUAUGUUUUUAAUCUUCGAACGUUGUUUUACGUAUUUAUUUUUUUUUUUCAUGUAGAAAAAUAUUUAUUUAUUCGUCUUAUCGACUUUUUUUUUCAUUUUACUCUUUCUCUCUAUCUCACUUUUGUAUUAAAUGUUUUCAUUUUUUGUUGUUUUCA